AUGGCUUCUACUAAUGCACCAUUGACUACCCCUGAGAACUGCACUGCAGACUUCUCUCUCAUCCCGAUCGGCUCUCAGAACGCGUCGUUCUCAGAUAAGAUUGCGGAUAUCCAGCGUCUGAUGCAGAAAUCAGGCCUCAAGUAUCAGAUGCAUGCCACUGGAACUACUGUUGAGGGAUCGUGGGACCAGGUAUCCCAGAUCAUCGGAUAUGCCCAUGCCUUGAUCCAUCAAGAAGGCAUAACCAGAAUUCAGACCGACAUUCGCAUCACAACUCGGACGGAUAAGGUGCAGCCGAUGGAGGCUAAUGUAGCCUCCGUGCAGAGGGCUCUGGCGACUUGA